AAGCGCCUCCCGCCAACCUCUGCUGUGGCUCGCUUCGCCGCGCUCCCUCCUUCCCCGCCUUCCAUACCUCCCCGGCUCCGCUCGGUUCCUGGCCACCCCGCAGCCCCUGCCCAGGUGCCAUGGCCGCAUUGUACCGCCCUGGCCUGCGAUACCUCCCUCGGACCUCUAACAGGCUCUCAGCCAGCGCCCCAGGGUACUUCGAGAGGCAGCAGGGCCUUGGGGACAAGGGGUUUACUCCACCUUGAGUCCAGGCCAAUCAGAGCAGACGUUGCUUCUCUGUCUCCCAGGGCCAUGAGAGGACAGACAACAGGACGCUGACCUCCUGAGAAUUAAGCCCAUGAACCCCAGCCAGUGACACUCAUUCCCCAGUGGUCAACCUUCCGCAGAGUUCAAAAAUACUUACCCGAGGGCAACAUUUUAUGCAACCAUUGUUGGUCCAAGUGGGCAGCAGCAGAUCAGGGCCUGGAAGCCCAGCAUCCAGUCACCUAUUCUCUGUGCAAGAGCCCUCAUCUAGAAACCUGGCACUGGAAAGACUGUGACCUUUGCUUGGGGCUUUCAUAGUCUUACAGCAUACACACCAGAAGGAAAGAAUAAAAACAGCUGCCAUUUUAAUUUAUAAAAAACUAUACUUGAAAAUGGAAAUAAAAUGGAUGAGGCUUCAAACACCAGACAUAUGAAGUUGUCACCUGGGCCCAACUUCUUGUCUUGACACUUGGGCCAAAGGCCCCUACUCAUUUCUUUCUUUUUUUUUUUUUUUUUUUUUUUUGAGACAGAGUCUUGCUCUGUUGCCCAGGCUGGAGUGCAGUGUCCCGAUCUUGGCUCACUGCAACCUCCACCUCCCGGGUUCAAGCGAUUCUCCUGCCUCAGCCUCCUGAGUAGCUGGGACUAGAGGCACACGCCACCACAUCCAGCUAAUUUUUAUAUUUUUAGUAGAUGGGGUUUCACCAUGUUGGCCAGUAUGGUCUUGAUCUCCUGACCUCGUGAUCCACCUGCCUCAGCCUCCCAAAGUGCUGGGAUUACAGGCGUGAGCCACCAUGCCAGCCAUCUCCCUACUUAUUUCUAAACGUUGAUUAAACAGUUAAACAUGGGCAUGGGCUACACAUGCAGUAACAUCAGCAUGCCUACAUGUAUACUUCCACACAGCCAGGCAUGUGCCUUUUUUGCUCAUUUGGCCAUAUCUGUCCCUCGCUGAGCAGGAGACACCCUCCUCAAGCCUCAUAAAGGCUACAAGAUACAUGUGUCCUGAACACAUCCCACACACCAACUGCAACCUGCUCUUCAUGGUCCCUGCAUGCAGACAUGUUUUAGCAGGCUGCAGCCCAAGCUUUCUGUCUCUCCACCACCUGCCUUGUCCACUCUCGAUGACAGCAGCUAGCUCAUUGCCUCUGUUUCUCCUAUAGGCUUAGCUGGCAUGGGCUGAGCCCCUUGGGCUGGCCAUCAUGCCGUAGCAUCCAGACCCUGCGAGUGCUUAGUGGAGAUCUGGGCCAGCUUCCCACUGGCAUUCGAGAUUUUGUAGAGCACAGUGCCCACCUGUGCCAACCAGAGGGCAUCCACAUCUGUGAUGGAACUGAGGCUGAGAAUACUGCCACACUGACCCUGCUGGAGCAGCAGGGCCUCAUCCGAAAGCUCCCCAAGUACAAUAACUGCUGGCUGGCCCGCACAGACCCCAAGGAUGUGGCACGAGUAGAGAGCAAGACGGUGAUUGUAACUCCUUCUCAGCGGGACACGGUACCUCUCCCGCCUGGUGGGGCCCGUGGGCAGCUGGGCAACUGGAUGUCCCCAGCUGAUUUCCAGCGAGCUGUGGAUGAGAGGUUUCCAGGCUGCAUGCAGGGCCGCACCAUGUAUGUGCUUCCAUUCAGCAUGGGUCCUGUGGGCUCCCCGCUGUCCCGCAUCGGGGUGCAGCUCACUGACUCAGCCUAUGUGGUGGCAAGCAUGCGUAUUAUGACCCGACUGGGGACACCUGUGCUUCAGGCCCUGGGAGAUGGUGACUUUGUCAAGUGUCUGCACUCCGUGGGCCAGCCCCUGACAGGACAAGGGGAGCCGGUGAGCAAGUGGCCGUGCAACCCAGAGAAAACCCUGAUUGGCCAUGUGCCCGACCAGCGGGAGAUCAUCUCCUUCGGCAGCGGCUAUGGUGGCAACUCCCUGCUGGGCAAGAAGUGCUUUGCCCUACGCAUCGCCUCUCGGCUGGCCCGGGAUGAGGGCUGGCUGGCAGAGCACAUGCUGAUCCUGGGCAUCACCAGCCCUGCAGGGAAGAAGCGCUAUGUGGCAGCCGCCUUCCCUAGUGCCUGUGGCAAGACCAACCUGGCUAUGAUGCGGCCCGCACUGCCAGGCUGGAAAGUGGAGUGUGUGGGGGAUGACAUUGCUUGGAUGAGGUUUGACAGUGAAGGUCGACUCCGGGCCAUCAACCCUGAGAACGGCUUCUUUGGGGUUGCCCCUGGUACCUCUGCCACCACCAAUCCCAACGCCAUGGCUACAAUCCAGAGUAACACUAUUUUUACCAAUGUGGCUGAGACCAGUGAUGGUGGCGUGUACUGGGAGGGCAUUGACCAGCCUCUUCCACCUGGUGUUACUGUGACCUCCUGGCUGGGCAAACCCUGGAAACCUGGUGACAAGGAGCCCUGUGCACAUCCCAACUCUCGAUUUUGUGCCCCGGCUCGCCAGUGCCCCAUCAUGGACCCAGCCUGGGAGGCCCCAGAGGGUGUCCCCAUUGAUGCCAUCAUCUUUGGUGGCCGCAGACCCAAAGGGGUACCCCUGGUAUACGAGGCCUUCAACUGGCGUCAUGGGGUGUUUGUGGGCAGCGCCAUGCGCUCUGAGUCCACUGCUGCAGCAGAACACAAAGGGAAGAUCAUCAUGCACGACCCAUUUGCCAUGCGGCCCUUUUUUGGCUACAACUUCGGGCACUACCUGGAACACUGGCUGAGCAUGGAAAGGCGCAAGGGGGCCCAGCUGCCCCGUAUCUUCCAUGUCAACUGGUUCCGGCGUGACGAGGCAGGGCACUUCCUGUGGCCAGGCUUUGGGGAGAAUGCUCGGGUGCUAGACUGGAUCUGCCGGCGGUUAGAGGGGGAGGACAGUGCCCGAGAGACACCCAUUGGGCUGGUGCCAAAGGAAGGAGCCUUGGAUCUCAGCGGCCUCGGAGCUAUAGACACCACUCAGCUGUUCUCCCUCCCCAAGGACUUCUGGGAACAGGAGGUUCGUGACAUUCGGAGCUACCUGACAGAGCAGGUCAACCAGGAUCUGCCCAAAGAGGUGUUGGCUGAGCUUGAGGGCCUGGAGAGACGUGUGCACAAAAUGUGACCUGAGGCCCUAGUCUAGCAAGAGGACAUAGCACCCUCAUCUGGGAAUAGGGAAGCCACCUUGCAGAAAAUAUGAGCAAUUUGAUAUUAACUAACAUCUUCAAUGUGCCAUAGACCUUCCCACAAAGACUGUCCAAUAAUAAGAGAUGCUUAUCUAUUUUACACAA